ACAAACACCACCAGCUCGACUGAAAAAAGUUUCACCUUUUCGCGUUGACGGCUCUUGAAGUGCGGUGUGUCAAAAAGUCUUGCUCGACGUCAGCGGUUGCGAUAAAGUUUUCCACUUUUUCAACAAAAUAUUAAGGCUGCCGUGAAUCGUGAACGCAAAGGGCGGAGAAAUGGCUCAAUGGAAGGACCAGCUCAAGUUUGAUAUUGAGUGGGGCCAUGAACGGCUGGUGCGGGCUCAGCAGACCGUGGAGGUGCGCCCGUUCGAUGUGGAAUCCUGGUCGGUGCUGGUUCGCGAGGGGCAAAGCCGGAACAUCAACGAAGUGCGCUCGCUGUACGAAUCGCUGGUGAGUGUCUUUCCUACGACGGCCCGCUAUUGGAAAAUUUACAUCGAGCAGGAAAUGAAGUAUCGAAACUACGAACGGGUGGAAAAACUUUUCCAGCGCUGUUUGGUGAAAAUUUUGAACAUCGAUUUGUGGAAGCUUUAUUUGACCUAUGUAAAAGAAACAAAGGCAGGGCUGAGCACGCAUAAAGAAAAACUGGCACAAGCUUAUGACUUCGCUCUCGAGAAGAUCGGCAUGGAUCUGCACUCGUACUCAAUCUGGCAGGAUUACAUUUCAUUUCUAAAAAGUGUUGAAGCUGUGGGAAGUUAUGCGGAGAAUCAAAAAAUAACCGCUGUACGAAAAGUGUACCAGCGAGCAGUAAUAACUCCCAUCAUAGGAAUAGAACAUCUGUGGAAAGAGUAUAUUAUGUUCGAGCAAAACAUAAAUCCCAUUAUUUCCGAAAAAAUGAGUUUGGAAAGAUCAAGAGAUUACAUGAAUGCACGUCGCGUUGCAAAAGAACUGGAAAUCGUCACGAAAGGAUUGAACCGCAAUCUUCCAGCGGUCCCUCCGAUGGCUACCAAGGAGGAACAGAAACAAGUUGAAUUGUGGAAAAAAUAUAUAAACUUCGAGAGGUCCAAUCCACUUCGAAGCGAAGAUACUGCUUUAGUCACUCGUCGGGUAAUGUUUGCCACAGAGCAGUGUCUUCUAGUGCUAACGCACCAUCCAGCGGUUUGGCAUCAAGCUGCCCAAUAUUUGGAUCAAAGUUCGAAACAGUUGAUUGACAAAGGAGACCUCAACGCCGCAAAAGUAUUUGCCGAUGAAGCUGCCAAUAUACUAGAAAGAGCUAUUAGCAGUGUUCUUAGCAGGAAUGCUCUGCUCUACUUCGCUUAUGCCGAUUUUGAAGAAGGAAGACUUAAAUAUGAAAAGGUGCACCAGAUGUAUAACAAAUUUCUGUCUAUUCCAGAUAUAGAUCCGACGCUGGCUUACAUCCAGUAUAUGAAAUUUGCCCGCCGUGCGGAGGGUAUUAUUUCCGCUAGAGCCAUUUUCAAAAAAGCUCGUGAAGACGUGCGUUCUACAUAUCAUGUUUUUGUGGCUGCCGCUUUGAUGGAAUAUUAUUGCACCAAAGACAAAGAUAUCGCAUUUCGUAUUUUUGAACUAGGAUUGAAGCGCUUCGGAGGAAGCCCAGAAUAUGUUAUGUGUUACAUCGAUUAUCUAUCGCAUCUUAACGAGGAUAACAAUACGCGGGUGCUGUUUGAGCGAGUGCUAUCUUCUGGCGGACUGACGCCGCAGCUUUCGGUAGAGGUGUGGAACCGUUUUCUAGAGUUCGAAUCCAACAUAGGAGACUUAUCAAGUAUUGUUAAAGUCGAACGCAGAAGAAGCGCUGUUCUGGAGAAACUUAAAGAAUUCGAAGGAAAAGAAACUGCUCAACUAGUAGAUCGUUAUAAGUUUCUUAACCUUUAUCCAUGUUCUACUGCUGAAUUAAAAUCAAUUGGUUACACUGAAACCAAUGGUGUUUUGAAUUCAAUCACCAGUAAAAUUCCAACAACUACAGAAAACGCGGAUGCGCCCAACCAAAUUCCUCGUCCGGAUUUUGCCCAGAUGAUUCCAUACAAACCGAAGCCCAAUGCUUAUCCAGGCGAGCAUCCUUUGGAUGGAGGUUCUUUCCCACAACCACCGGCCGCAUCGUAUCUGUGUUCGAUACUACCGCCGCCGAUAUGCUUCCAGGGUCCUUUUGUUUCGAUUGAGAAGCUAGCGGAUCUGUUCAGCCGGAUUGUACUGCCAGACGUUCCGAUCACUCCUGGUGGGGGUGGGGAAAACGGUAACAGUAUUAAACUGUUCGAUCUCGCUAAAGCGGUGCACUGGAUUGUGGAUGACAGUACGUAUUCGGGCGAAGGAGGCUUGAAACGAAGACGGAUGGCACCGGGCGGUGAUGAUAGUGACGAGGAAACCACCAUGUCCGCCCCACCAGCUAACGAUGUCUAUCGUUUGCGACAGCAGAAAAGAUUCAAUCGGUAAAAUGUGCGCGUGUUACCGACAGUCAGUGCAAAUUCGUUCAUUUAUAGACAGUAUAUACUUAGAUUUAAGGGUCCUUUUCGACGUAUAAGUAAGAGAACAAAUUAUUGGAUGAAUAAAUCAACUAAACUUGA